GGUCGACGGCGAGCGGAGCCCUGGGCUCCCUUCUUCUCGGUGCCUUUUCUUUGCCAGCGUCUCAGAAUCAACCGCCGGGGAGGUAAAACAAUAGCGGGCCACCUGGGACGCGGCGCGCCCCGGCUCCCACGGCCGGCGCCCCGAGUCGCGGCCCCGUGCCAGCCCCGUGGCGACCCGCGCUGCCGAGGGUGGGGCUGCCCGCCGCGCCCCGCUCCGUGGACCGCGACGGGAAAAGCCCACGAGUGAGAGGCAUUUGGUGAAAGUGUUUUGAGAACAAUCAUAAUUGCUCUGCUCUGGGCGGGGAAACUGAGGCGUAGGGCACAGAAGAAAUCUGCCGGCUUUUGUGGGACCGCUCCCGGGCUACCGAAUGCCAGCUUACUUCGCGUGCAUCUGGGAGGUUCUGGGGCAGGUGACGGCACCGUGACCUAUCACCAUGGAUGGAGAUGGACUUUUUGAUGAAGAAACCCAAAGUGUCUUCACCAGUCUGGGUGCUUUGACUGGCCCAGGUUUUGACAAAACCUGUCUGGUUCCCUCUGGGGGAUCCGAAUGAGAGAUCUCAGACACCUUCACUGCGAAGCCAAGGACAUUUCUGUAUAAUCAACGGAUGAAAGGAUUUUCUCAGACUCUCUUUCCUCCCAUUUUCCUUGAGGAUUAAUCCACCAGAAUCCACAGUUCCGGUGGAGACUGCAAAGCAUACAAUGUGGAAGAAGCCUAGAGCGCCUUCGGAAUUGCUCUGGACCCUGCCUUUAGCGUAGAGGACUCUCUUGCCGCUCCCCUCCCCCGCCCCCAACUCCCUCCUGUCUUUGACUGGUUCUCGGGUUUUUUUUUUUCCCCUGUGAAGUUCUGUUUCCAAACUGUACCCCGGAGCUAUAAGUGGAUUGGCAGUAAUGAGAGAUUAGGCGGUGGGAGAAGCCCAGUGCCCUGUGCCGUGUCCUCGUCCUGCUGCGGCCGCCGCCGACAUGAAGUGCUUUUUCCCAGUGUUGAGCUGUCUGGCUGUGCUGGGUGUGGUGUCAGCACAGCGACAGGUCACCGUCCAGGAAGGGCCCUUGUACCGCACAGAGGGCUCCCACAUCACCAUUUGGUGCAACGUGAGUGGCUACCAGGGUCCCUCGGAGCAGAACUUCCAGUGGUCCAUUUACCUGCCCUCCGCCCCGCAGCGUGAAGUACAGAUUGUUAGCACAGUGGACUCCUCCUUUCCUUACGCCAUCUACACCCAACGAGUCCGAGGUGGGAAGAUCUACGUGGAGAGAAUCCAGGGGAACUCGGCCUUACUUCACAUCACCGAUCUGCAAGCCCGGGAUGCUGGGGAGUAUGAAUGUCACACCCCCAACACUGAUGAGCGCUACUUUGGAAGUUACAGUGCCAAGAUGGACCUAGUGGUGAUCCCAGAUUCCCUGCAGACCACCGCUGUCCCCCAGACUCUGCACAAAGUGGAACAGGACCCACUGGAGCUCAGUUGCGAAGUGUCCACGGAGAGUGACCAGCACAGCCACCUCUCUGUCUCCUGGCUUCGGCGGAAGGGCGGCGAGAAACCUGUGGAGGUCAUCGCCCUGAGCCGAGACUUCAUCCUGCACUCCAGCAGCGAAUACGCCCAGAGGCAGAGCCUGGGGGAGGUGCGGCUGGACAAGCUGGGGAGAACCACCUUCCGCCUCACCAUCUUCCACCUGCAGCCUUCUGACCAGGGCGAGUUCUACUGUGAGGCUGCUGAGUGGAUCCAGGAUCCAGAUGGCUCCUGGUACGCCAUGACCCAGAAGCGCUCCGAGGGUGCUGUUGUCAACGUCCAGCCCACCGACAAAGAGUUCACCGUGCGUCUGGAGACAGAUAAGAGGCUACACACAGUGGGUGAGCCGGUGGAGUUCAGAUGUAUCCUAGAGGCUCAGAACAUUCCCGACCGCUACUUUGCCGUCUCCUGGGCCUUCAACAGCUCACUCAUCGCCACCAUGGGGCCUAAUGCUGUGCCCAUCCUCAACAGUGAAUUUGCCCACCGUGAAGCCAAGGGACAGCUUAAAGUGUCCAAAGAGAGUGACGGUGUCUUUGUGCUGAAGAUCUACCACCUCCGCCAGGAGGAUAGUGGCAAAUACAACUGCCGGGUGACAGAGCGGGAGAAGACUGUCACGGGCGAGUUCAUUGACAAGGAAAGCAAGCGUCCCAAGAACAUCCCCAUCGUCGUCCUUCCCCUCAAGAGCAGCAUCUCCGUGGAGGUGGCCAGCAAUGCCAGCGUCAUCCUUGAGGGUGAGGAUCUGCACUUCUCCUGUAGUGUCCGCACAGUGGGCAGAUUGCAGGGCCGCUUCUCUGUCAUCUGGCAGCUUGUGGAUAGGCAGAACCGCCGCAGCAACGUCAUGUGGCUAGACCGGGAUGGCACCGUGCAGCCAGGCUCAUCCUACUGGGAGCGCAGCAGCUUUGGGGGCAUCCAGAUGGAGCAGGUGCAGCCCAACUCCUUCAGCCUGGGCAUCUUCAACAGCAGGAAGGAGGACGAGGGCCAGUACGAAUGCCAUGUGACGGAGUGGGUACGGGCUGUGGAUGGAGAAUGGCAGAUCGUGGGAGAGCGCCGCGCCAGUACCCUUGUCUCCAUCACAGCUCUUGACACGGGCUUUGCCGUCACAGCCAUCUCCCGGACGCCAGGGGUGACCUACAGCGACUCCUUUGACUUACAGUGCAUCAUCAAACCCCACUACCCAUCCCGAGUCCCCGUUUCGGUGACAUGGCGGUUCCAGCCAGUGGGCACAGUUGAGUUCCAUGAUCUGGUGACCUUCACACGGGAUGGAGGGGUUCAGUGGGGAGACAGGUCGUCCACCUUCCGAACUCGGACUGCCAUCGAGAAGGCCGAGUCCAGCAACAAUGUCCGCCUGAGCAUCAGCCGGGCCAGUGACACAGAGGCCGGCAAGUACCAGUGUGUGGCCGAGCUGUGGCGGAGGAACUAUAAUAAUACCUGGACAAGGCUGGCGGAGAGGACCUCCAACCUGCUGGAGAUUCGGGUGUUGCAGCCAGUGACGAAGCUUCAGGUGAGCAAGUCGAAGAGAACCCUCACGCUGGUGGAAAACCGGCCAAUUCAGCUGAACUGCUCGGUGAAGUCCCAGACCAGCCAGAACUCGCACUUCGCCGUGCUGUGGUACGUGCACAAGCCCUCGGACGCAGAUGGCAAGCUCAUCCUCAAAACCACGCACAGCUCAGCCUUUGAGUACGGAACCUAUGCCGAGGAGGAGGGCCUGCGAGGCCGGCUGCAGUUCGAGCGGCACGCGUCGGGCGGCCUGUUCAGCCUCACUGUGCAGAGAGCUGAGGUCAGCGACAGUGGCAGCUACUACUGCCACGUGGAGGAGUGGUUGCUGAGCCCCAACUACGCCUGGUACAAGCUGGCUGAGGAGGUUUCAGGGCGCACUGAGGUCACCGUGAAGCAGCCAGACAGCCGCCUGAAGCUCAGCCAAGCCCAGGGCAACCUGUCUAUUCUGGAGACCCGGCAGAUCCAGCUGGAGUGUGUGGUCCUGAACCGUACCAGCGUCACCUCCCAGCUCACGGUGGAAUGGUUUGUAUGGAAGCCCAACCACCCGGAGCGGGAAACAGUGGCCCACCUGAGCCGAGACGCCACCUUCCACUAUGGUGAACAGGCAGCCAAAAACAACCUGAAGGGCCGGCUGCACUUAGAGAGCCCAUCCUCCGGCGUGUACAGGCUCUUCAUCCAGAAUGUGGCGGUCCAGGACAGCGGGACCUACAGCUGCCGAGUGGAGGAGUGGCUGCCCAGCCCCAGUGGUGUGUGGUAUAAACGGGCUGAGGACACAGCAGGGCAGACGGUCGUCACAGUCAUGCGACCUGAUGCCGCCCUGCAGGUGGACACAGUGGUCCCCAAUGCCACAGUAUCCGAGAAGGCAGCUUUCCAACUGGACUGCAGCAUCCUGUCUCGAUCAAGCCAAGAUUCCCGCUUUGCUGUGGCCUGGUAUUCCCUAAGGACUAAAGGUGGAGGGAAAAGAGGCAGCCUUGGCAUUGAACAAGAGGAGGAGGAGGAGGUAUCGGAAGAUGAGGGCAGUGAAGAUCCAACAGAGAGGAUGGUCCUGCUGAGCGUGGGACCUGAUGCCGUCUUUGGCCCCGAAGGUAGCCCUUGGGAGGGCAGGCUGCGGUUCCAGAGACUCUCGCCCCUGCUGUACCGGCUCACGGUGCUUGAGGCGAACCCCCACGACACAGGCAAUUACUCCUGCCAUGUGGAGGAGUGGCUGCCCAGCCCUCAGAAGGAAUGGUACCGGUUAACAGAGGAGGAGUCGGCCCCCAUUGGCAUCCGGGUUCUGGACACAAGUUCCACCCUGCAGUCGCUCAUCUGCUCCAACGACGCCCUCUUCUACUUCGUCUUCUUCUACCCUUUCCCCAUCUUCGGCAUCCUCAUCAUCACCAUCCUGCUGGUGCGCUUCAAGAGCCGGAACUCCAGCAAGAACUCGGAGGGGAAGAACGGGGUGCCCCUGCUGUGGAUCAAGGAGCCGCACCUCAACUACUCCCCGACGUGCCUGGAGCCCCCUGUGCUCAGCAUCCAUCCAGGAGCCAUAGACUAAGGAGGGUAGCGCCCCGCAGACUUGCCCAUGGCAGGGUCGGGUCAGGGGAGCCCUGGGGGCUUUUCCUCAUUGCUUCGUGCUCUGUGAUUGGACAGGCCACAGCACCCGAACUCUGCAGUUUCUCUGCAGGAACCAGUCAGACCUGGAACGCGUUGGAAGAUCCCAGUCAUGGAGAUGACUGCCUCCGGGUGGCAGUCCUGGUUAGCUCUUUGCACCCAGGUGUUGUGAUCCUGACAUGAUCCCAAGGUCCCAGGUUUCUAGUGUUUGGUUUGGGUAACGUAGUGCGUAGCUCCAGGGGCCGCAUCUACUCACCAGUCUGUCUAGUGUUUUCCGACCGGUGCUACGGGGUUUCCUGUUCUGUGUAACGUACUCUUUUAAGCCCCUUUGGUCCUCUCUGUGUGGAUCUCAUAAUGCCGUGGAAGAUUUUCUCCCACAACCGAAAAGCAAGAGGAAGAAGACUUUAUAGUAACAAGAACUCUCUUCCAAGACGUGUUUUUUUGUUUUUGCACAUUUGAAAAUGCCACCCGUGGAUCAAAAUACACCCAAACAUUUUUUUUUUUUUUUUACUUUCUUAGCAAGACUUGAAAAAUACUUGUAGCGUGGGCCCAAUUUGUAUCUUAUCUUUUCCCUCAGCUGGAGUUGUUGGAACCACUUUAUAGUCAAGAUGAAAGCAUUGAAUUUUGCUUCAAAGAACUGCACAUGUGCAGAAGAAGCCCUGCGGAACCCAUUAGGAUUAGAUGGUAUCCAGCCAGCCGGUCUACCAGGGAAACAAAAGGGGACCCUGUCCUUGCCAAAAAAAUGCAAAAAAGCAAGCCAACCUGGAGGCCAGGUUGAGGGCUCCAGAGGGCGCCCGGUUUCUGAGGGUUGCCCUGAACGUACCUACCUUUGUAGUGACCAAAGCCAGUGAUUAGGGGUGGGGAAAGAAGCUGCUUGUUGUCUUGAUGAUGGCAAGCUCAGUCCCUUGAUCAAUACCCCUGAGCAGGGAGCUUUUAUCUGCAGGUGUUUUGCCAAAUUUCAAGGGGACAUGUCCAGUGAACCUGGAAGGGGCUGCCCUAAGUGGAGCACUGUGGCCCAGUGGAAGGUGCUGAGCUAUCAGACUGAGUUUGGGAGAGUGGAGGGUGGGGUGGGGUGUAGACCCUGAUGUUGGAGAGGCUGGAGGAAUUCCUUCCACCGGGUGAUGAGAUCUUCCUUAUCCAUCACUGCUCUCUCCCCAAUCUCACCGCUGUGGGGAUAUUGUCCUCGGAGAGGACCAGGUGUAGCCCUUUGUGAUCCGUGAUGUCCCCCAGUCUCGGCAGACUGUGGAGCUGCGGGUGUUGAGUCAGGGGUUGUCCAUUUGUUGGAGUGUGUGUGAGUGAGUGUGAGUGCAUGCGUGUGUGUGUGUGUGUGUGUGUGUGUGUGUGUGUGUGUGUGUCUGGUUGUACUAGUGGCCCACAAAUUCGAAAUCCACUGCCUCCGCUGUUGUUAGGCCAGAUGCUUCGCUGCCGUAGAGCCCCAUCAAUUGCAAAUCCUCCCUUUUGCCUUUCACUCGCUCUGAAGAUCUCGUGAAGCCCCUCUCUUCCCCCAUCCUUACCAGCCGUACCUUCCCUUGGGAAUCCCAAGAUAUAGCCCCUUGGAAAAAGCCGCCCAAGACUGCGGAAGUAAAUCUAAUGGGAAUAAAUGGUCAGCAUAACACGGAGGCUGUGGGAUUUCCAGGCCACUGAGCCGUGUGGUUACAGGUCCUUUCAAGGGGUCCACUGGGUGCAGGCCACAUUCCGGGUGGCAGAGGAGGACAAGGGAGGCAAGAUAAACCUUCCUCUUUCCCCUUGAUCCUCUGGGGAGUUUCCAGGCACAGCCACCCUAAUCCCUCAGGUGCCUACCCUGCUGAUUCUCUGUGCUGCACCAACACUUAGGGACCAAAUUGGCUCCAUCACAAAGAAAGAAUGGCGUUUCUUCUGCUCCUUCACUCCAUGGGUGUGGGCUCUCGGUGGGUAAUGCUGACUCCUGGUUUUUAGGCUGAGUCAACGAGGAAAGGUUGACUCUGCCUCUGAAUGGAGAGACGCCAGAGGGCUGGCCUGGAUUAAGAUUUCAGAUCAGUUCUGUAGCAGCGGGACACUGACGCUGUUGCAGGGCGUUUGCCAGGAGGAAAGAAUCUGAAGUCAGUAUUUUAACAACUUCUUUGUGUGUGUAUGUCUUGCAGGGCUGGGGGAUGCAGUCAAACGUUGAACUCUGAGCUUUUUGUGGAAAAAACAAAAAACAAAAAACAAACAAAAAACAAAAACCCAGGGCCUCUCUGUGGCUGGUUCUAUAGACAUGUGUUGUCAGGGGAAUGGUGAUGGUGCCCUCCAGUGGCUGGAAGACCUCACUGCACAUUGUGUGCUGGGGCUUUGGUCUUCUAAAUUCAGAGAGAAAAGGACUCAAGAGACUCCUGACACCUGUCCACUCCACUGUGCUAGGCAUGUCCCAGGACACUAUACGACCACACCCUCCCUCACCAGGGUGUUUCUGUAGCAAGUUUUCAUAUUCGUUUCAAACCAUGGUUUCUCUGCGUUCACUGUUGAAGAGAGACGGCGUGAGAAGACUGUCGUGCAUGAACUAGAGAGCUCUUGGUCUGUUUCGCUUUUUUAAAAGGAGAAACUGUUUGUAAGCCACUGCACUAAGACAUUUUAUAUACACUGCAGAGACUGUAGUAAAUUACGUUGACAAUA